AUGCGUGUCCCGUGCGCCCUUCCACACCUCACGCCCACUCCUGCUGCCCCACCCCAUGCUGCUGCCCCCCUUGCUGCUCACACGCCCGCUCUCACCCCCCCCGCCACUGCUGCCAGUGGCACCAGCAUGCGCGCCCGUGCCAUGCCCAGCGAGCCUCGACUGGCACUAUCACCGGCGCCACUAGCAGCACACGCGCCGGUGUUCGAUCCAGCGGCACAUGCCGCCGGUCCCAGUGGGCUCUUGGGCUGCGGCGACGCGCACCUGCUCGCCGGUGAAUACGGCGUGGGCGACUUUAGCACGCCCAGGGGCGACGCUGGCGACAGCGAUGCGAACCGCGAGUGCGACGCGGUUGAGGAAGAGGAGAAGCACGAGGCGGAAGCGGGAGAGGCGGAGGGCGUGGGGGAGGCGGGAGAUGCCGGGGAGGCGGAAGGGGGACAAGAAAAAGGGGCAGAGGCGGAAUGCGGGAACGAGAUGGAGUGUUUUCAGGCGGAAGGGGAGGCUGGGGAGAAGGGAUGCACAGGGGAGGGGGUGGCGGGGGAGAGGGAUGACGGGGAGGAGGGCGAGAAGGAACCGCACAACAGUUUCGGCGGAAGCGCAAAGCGGCGGACUGGCUGGUUUUUCGGGGACACCGGCCUGUGCGCGUCGUGCGGGCUACCCCGCGUGGCCUUCAGCUGCGGUCGCGCGAGGUCCGGCAGAUUGUCGCAUUCCUGCGUGCUCGCAGCGGCACCUCCUAGCGCCGCACGGUUUGCGCCAGGAGCUAACGCGGUAGCAGCCCUGGGACUAGCGGCAGGGGCAUCAUGA